CACCACACAGGACGCGAUCUUUGCGGUGAUUGUGAUGGAGGCGGGCAUGCAGGGUACUAGUUUCAUGACCACCAUCAAUCCUUUGCACAGCGUCUUCCCCAACGAUCCCGAGGCUCAGUUCCAGGCACAAGAGAUGCUUGUACUGGAACGGCUGCAUCUGGAGGAUCUGCUUCCCCCAUUGGUCGGCUACACCCCGCCGCGCACUCAGCAACAGCGGAUGAACAACGAUCCUCUCUUAGCCCAAGACAGUGACACUCUACUGCCACAUGACGGCUAUGAGGUCCUGGGGAACCAUCAGGACAGUCCUACACUGCUGCAGCAGAAUGGGACCGCUUGCCACUCACACCACAGCGGUGGGCCAGACCGGCCCACGGGCGCGACCGGCCCACGGCAGGGCCACGUGCCGAAUGGUUGCCAUGGUAACGCGGCCGAUACCAGUAGAGUGACGGGGGAUAGGGUGCACGAGAGCAGUCGCAGUGACGGGGCGAGCGACAACUGUAGUGUGGGCACGGGCGAUGGUAUUGGUCUGCGUGUCAGUGGCACGUCCGACUCACAGAUAUCCAACACGCACCGCAUCCCGGAAACACAACUGACCGCCAAAAGCGGGACGCGGAGGGGUGCUAAACCAGCUCUGCGGUGGUCUUCUUUGGCGCCAAGUGUUCGUGGUUCACAGGAGAGCAGGUCUACACAUAGCCACACACCUGACGAUACGAGUGAUGUGUGCGAAAACGAUUCUCCAAUCACAUUGCCGCACGGGGUGCGUAUGUUACAAGCUCUGCGUGCAAGUUAUGGUAGUGGCGGCGAUGAGAUAUCACAGGCUACACAGGUCACGAACGACAACAGGACUAGUGACGGAGCAUCACAGAGCAAACAGACAGGAGACAAGGACGAUGGUCGUGAGGCGAUAGAAUCACAACACACACGCUCACAGCAUGACGCUCCCCAGGCGCAUCGUGCACAACCAAGGUCAUAUGAUGCUGAAACAUCACAAGGUAGCUGCACACAGAAAAGGUUAGAGAGCUCUGAAGUACCACAGACCAACUGCCCACAGGGUAGUAGUGGCAGCGGGGAGGGUAGCCCCACCGACCACCACAGUGCACACACCAACGGAACUGCUCAGGAGACACAGUGCAGAGGGGCUGGGCUAGAAACAUCGGCAUGUGGUGUUGCACGUAAUGGAUUGCAGCGGAGUGCCGAGAUAAGGAGCGGUGCGUGUGGAGAUAAAGUCGACACUCGCCGGGGUGAUGUGACUGUCCAUAGCCAGGGCUCCGCUGGAGACGACCACGCAAUGAGGAAUGAGGAUGUGAACCAAGACACGCAGAGAAGCACGGGAGAUGUGGUACAGGGGACAGGGGAAGACGGUCACGGUGGCACAGGUGGGGUCAGGCGGGGGGGUGUAAGCGCAUGCGAUGGAUUGAUGCCGCGUGCACGGUUAAUGACUCGCGCGAGUGACGUGUCGCCGACAGAUAACACGGAUAGGGCUGUGGCCGCACAGAGAAGCAAGGGCAACGCAGCAACAACAACAACAAUUACUACUACUACUACUACUGCACGGGCAGAUGCCUCGAAUAGACCCACAGACACCGGGCACACGCAGGCACGCAGUCCCGACAACCCCUCGCGUGUAGUUGCGCAAAGAGCUCCUCCUGCAGAGAGAGAACUGAACGCUCGUGUAUCUGCCGAUCGAGACCGAGCAAGUGACUGUACGAAGUCAACCACACGAAGCACCGCACCCCAGUUAUCGGGUACGCGGACAAAUGGCGGUCCGAAAACUGAGGUCAGGCGAAAGGGUGCAAAGAGGCCCAGUGCCAGCAGUACAGGACAGUCGUGGCGAGAUAGUUUUGGUCUCGACUUCGCACGCGCGCAUAAGCGACGCCGACAGGCGCAGUUAGGUGUGGAACAAACCAAUGGAGAAGACAGUACACGCGCAAGGGUAAGGAUACACGCAGAUAGAGAUACUCACAUCCAUGCGGAUGACAUUACGGGGGAUCACGAAAAUAUAGACACAGGCAGACAUGCGUAUGUGGGGAGUGAUGACGGUAUCAGUGCAGAAUAUGUGAGGAAUGAAGAGAAACGUCGGCAAAGGCAGCUGAAACGGCGCAGAGAGCGACAGACCGCCCAGGAGCAGCAGCAACGAGUGCACCUGCAGUCAGGGAUGGGGCAAAAAGGCCCUAGAAUUAGUAAUCAGGUGCUGGGUAGUGCCGGAACUCAACAGCACACCGAACAUAAUUUUAGUCAGCACGCUGAAGUAGAUGAAGGACGGCAACAUAAACACGCAUCGAAACAUGGCCCGAAAUCAACGGGUGAUACUACAUAUGACGCACAGACAAACACAAGCAAACGCAUUGUAGAUAAAAGCGCGAUUGAUAUUCGACUAGACGAAAGCACACAUGACAUUGCGGACCUGCAUAAACGAACAAGGCAACGGAUCACCGAGCACACGCACACGCACACAGCGCAACGAUCGGCACCAGAAGAGGCGCAAACUCAAGCAGAGAUAGAGAAGGGUGCGCACAGAUACGCCCAACGAAUGUCUACGCAAACGGAACACGAACUCAGAUCGCCUGAGGAAGGCACGCCAGAGGUGUUUCCCACGAAGAAACGAGUCAUGCCCAGAAACGGGACAAAAUCGGGACUGGUGGGAAAGGCUGCCAGUACAAUAGAGAAGCUGGCAAGCUUCAGAUAUGUGAAGCCGCCGGAAGAGCUCCAGACGAACAAACCAAGCACGGGAACACGAGCGACCGGAAACAAGACAUCCGAAAUUCACCUCACAAGUGCCGUUGUCACUAAAUCCGCUACCAGACUUCCGAACAUUCAAGACUCACAACAUUUAGCAAACAACGCAAUGCCAACUAGCGACUCCGUACGCAACGGUGGGGGUCACAAUGAUAAAACAAGCGGUGGGUGUAGGGAUACCAUCUCAGACGAUAGCAUCAGUACAUCUGCCACUGCACCUCACGCGACUCAAUCACACACGCGCAAGCAGACUCCAACGGAGGGCAAGGGGCCAACAGAACAUGAAGUCAGCGGACAUGUGUCGAUGGCAUGGAACGUGACGACGAAUGCUGUACCAAACACCGCCGACACCACGCAUGGAUUAUGCCUUGGCACCACACAGUGGCAGAGUGUAGGUGUCUCAUCUAGUACCAGCCAUGUAUCUGAUCAGGCGGCACCACAUCACCCGGCUACUACAGCUGACAACGUGUGCUCUGCAGGGAACGGUAGUCUGAGCGUGGCAGCGUUAGCGACAGAGAGGUCAACCCGAACCAUUAUCGCAAAUGACCCACAGGAUACUGAAUCGCUUGAUGUUGUGCGAAACGGGUCGUAUAUAAGUUUGGGGAGUACCCAGACACCCAAUGCGAGUCUGAGUGAGGAGAGUGCGGCUUUGACCACUACCACAAAUAUACCGACACACUCGAUUAAGAAGGCCAAAGACCGAUCGACAAACGUUCAUGCGCAAGUACAGCUGAAUACGCACAUCGCCUCAGAUACCACUUGUGUCUCAGAAAGAUUGCCUCUGUCAACGGUCCCAAAUAAGGAGAACAUACCAUCGAAGACAAAUAUUGUGACGAUAGGCUCCGAUUCUAUACUGCCGAGUGUUGUCUUUGCUCAGGGUGCUCUAGAGCCUCAAAGGGCAGUAAACCUUUCAACACUUGGUGUCAACCCUCUGGCCAAAAAGAUACCCAGUCUGUUCGACUCCGCAUUUCUACCAGAAAGCGAUGACGAGUUUGAGCUCGGUUAAUAAAACAUACUAAGUUCACUCAGGGCCACAUGCAUAUGGUUUUCAUAUUUAGACCUCAGGUGUAAUAAUCCCUUCGAAUCAAC